UGUAACGAUGAGUCAGUUUGAUUUCGUACGCCCAGCUGGGAACUACUAAUUGCUAAGAGCUCAACGAAAAGACUAACUGUGUGCCUUCGCUACUUGUUAUUAAUUUAUAUAAUACGAUUUCAAUCAUAUAGUAUAUCAAUAUUUUGAUAAACUACGCGUAGCAUGAAACAGCGAAAUCGUAGGAAUAGUAAAGCACUCAAACGUCUCCAGCAGCCAGAUAAUAAAAAUCAAAAUUGUUGCUUGAGUAAACGUUGCAACUAUGAGAAUAUCUGGCAGCAUUUCAAUAGCAAUGCCACUCUUGAGGAAAUUCGACAUGCGGCCGCCCGUAUUUGCCGAGACUAUCUAACUGGGCCCUGGAAAGUGGUUACUCCAGAGAAUUUAGUGGUGAAGCGCAUAAGUGGCGGGCUGUCAAAUUUCUUGUAUUACGUAAGCCUUCCCGAUUUAAAUGACUACGAUGAGCUGGAGGAGCACCAGGAAAAUGUCAACGUAAGCGAAGACUUCAUAGGGGCCACCGCAACUGUGACCAAUAGAAGCAGGGGUUUCACACACGACGAUGAGUCGGCUGCCAAGGCGGUGGGCGUAACAUUGAUGGCGAGGGAAUUAAUAAAUAACGAGGACGUAGCUGACGCAGCUCCUAGCGCCAUACAAGCAUACAAACGUCAGCGAUGCGAUAGUGAUUAUCGCGACUCCAGUUCUUCGAAACGAUUGCACACCUUCAAGCAGGAACCCCGUGAGGUCCUUCUGCGAAUCUAUGGUCAGACCCAUGGUGAUCACGCGCUGGAGAGCAUGAUUACCGAGUCCGUGGUUUUCGCACUUCUCAGUGAACGGAACUAUGGGCCCAAACUGCACGGAAUCUUUCCGGGCGGACGCAUUGAACAAUACAUUCCGGCGCGCGCAUUGAUCACAGCAGAAUUGGGAGAGCAACGAAUAUUAAAGAGAGUGGCUGAGAAAAUGGGUGAGAUCCACAGUCUCAAUAUACCCAUGUCUAAGGAGCCCGAUUGGAUUUGGAAUUGUAUGCAGCGUUGGGUUUCCGGUUUAGAGAGCAUUGUUAACGGCAGUGUCAAAACGAAUCCAAAAUCUUCGGUACUAAAAAAACAAAUGGAAUUGAUGCGGACUUUUGACUACGUUCAAGAGAUGGCCUGGAUUAGGUCGAUUAUCGAAGAUGGAGAUUAUCCAGUUGUGUUCUGUCACAAUGAUCUGCAAGAAGGUAAUAUUCUGAUGCGACAACCGACAGGCCAAAACGAACGGACCCCCCGGGAGUCUAUCAGUAGCCUGAGAUCAAACUUCGACGAAACUUUGGGUGAUAGCCUUGAUGGAAAUAGCAAUAUAUCGGAUACGGAGACACACAAAUCACAUUGUGCGUCGCCUUCACCAUGCCCGGAGUUGGACACUACGAAUGACUCAGCCCUGGAUGCCAGCUUCAUAGCCGAUAAUGAGCCGGAUCUUAUUAUCAUCGACUUUGAGUAUUGUGCCUACAACUACCGUGGCUAUGAUCUAGCCAAUCAUUUUAUUGAGUGGACUUUCGACUACACCAACCCAAAGUUCCCUUACUUCUACCACAACCCCAGCAACUGCGCAACUGUUCAGCAACGGCGCGACUUCAUUGUAAACUAUUUAAAGAAGUAUCACGAUGACGAGAACUAUAAUAUCACUGGUCAGGAGUUGAUAAAGGUAGACGCUGAGAUUCAGUUCUUUACAAUGCUGUCUCAUCUGUUCUGGAGCCUUUGGUCCGUAAUUAAUGUCACAUCGGCGAUUGAGUUUGGUUAUUGGGAAUAUGGUAUUGCUCGAAUUUUGGAAUAUCAAAAGCUAAAGGCAGCUUAUCAAGCUAAUUAAGUCAAAUAUCUGAACCUUCAUAUAAUUCGAAUCAGAACCAUAGUUAAUUAGCCUAGACAUAAUUGACCUUUUAUAACUGUCCGCGUUUGUCCGUGUCUAGAAAUAAUUUUAACUGAAAAUGUUUGAAUAGUACAUACAAAACAUUAAAUAACAUCGAACUAUUUAAAAAGA